AUGGGUUAUUGGUUACUUGAAAUGACAUCCAAGUAUCCAAAAUCACAGUUUACUGGCGUUGACAAGGUAUCGAUUCCUCAUCCAUCGGACUUGCCUUCCAAUGUGAAUUUUGAAAUGGGAGAUGCAUAUUUUCUACCUUAUGAAGAUGGGUCGUUGGACUUCGCUUUGAGGAUUCUUAAGCCUGGAGGAUAUAUUGAAUUGCGGGAAUUUGAUUGUGAUAUGAACAAUCUAGAGAAACUAACAUCCAUUAACACGAUUGAUGUAGAAUGUAACAUAUGGGAUGGUACUUAUGGAAAGUUGGCUCUUGAGGAUUUUAUAACGACUUACAAAUUAAUGAUGCCUUAUCUUUCUAAGUUUAUUGGAAUCGAAAAAGAUCCAUAUUUAAAUUUAUUGAAGAAACUUGAAGAGGAAGUAAAGGAUUAUAAGAGCUCACAUAAAUUAUUUAGAUUUAUCGGAAGAAAACCUUCCUAG